AUGGAAGUCGUCUGGAAGCCGCUCCGGGUCGACGGCGCCCCGGCAUCGUGCCCGCCGCUCUUCGCAAAGACCCAGUUCACAGCCAACAGCUACGUCGUAUUUCUGACGGACCUCCGCCAUGUUUGGAAGGAAAGCAUGGACCGGAGGAACAUAUGCAAACAGGCCUUGCUCGAGGAAACUCCGAUUGAUCCGACUGAAGAUGCCACUCAGAUGCAUCUCCUGCUUGAUCGUAUUCGAGAUGCUAUUGAGGCCCGCGCCGGCACGCGCCGGCAGCUGCUCAAGGACAUCAAGGAUCCCCGCGCCCUGAGGCUUCAUAUCUCAGCGUCUUUGCCCGGCUCGCUUCGCGACCUCCAGUGGAUGAUGAACUGCAAGCGUUUGCCUCCCAUAUCGUUGCAGCACCAUUUGGUCUCGCCCCUCAUACGCAAAACCUAUCAUCACAUGCAGCAAGUCGACGAUCUCAUCGCCCGACUGGCUGCCAAAGAUCACGUCAUUUCUAAGUUGUUGGACAGGCUCGAGGCCUCCGGUUCCGAUGUCACGAGUGUCUUUCCCGGCGCGACGGGGCCUAAAGGCUCCAAGCGUUUGACGCCCAGAGAACAAGCAGCACGGCAGGUCCAUGGCCUUGGCCCUUUUGAUUCCAAGCGUUGGCAGCAGAGCCGCAUCGAAAGUCAAACUACCCGGAUGCUAGAUGCAAGCUUGCACCAGGUUCUUGGGUUGUUAUCUGCAUCUACUGAAUACGUAGAUGGUGAGAUGGAUACAGAUGACCUUUGGCCCUCCACGUUACCCUCUGCCGUCAGCGACUCUGUUGAUGCAUUUGGUGACAAGUUUGGCGCUGCCAGUAUAGGCGGCGAUGCUUCAAAGAAGGACGGAACUCCAGUGACAGAGGAGGAUGAAUUCGAGCGCCAGGAUACUCCUCCGAAAUUGAGAAGAUCCAAAGACUCACAAAAGCUUGACGGCCCUAAAAUUUUGGCGCCUCUGCAUCAGCGAGCUCAGAGCCGUGAUCCUGACGAGACGACCGAUGACGAAGACCUUGACGCGCCGUCCAGCCAAUGUUUAGGAACACACAAGCCCGCAUCUUUGUCAGCACCUUUGAUAUCCACAUCACCAGAGAGGAAACCCCCGGUGAUUCCGCCAAGCCCAAAGAAGCUCGGUAGACUGGGAGGAAGGACAUCUAACCCGCCUGAGCAAACCCCGAUGAUUAGCGACACGGCAGCGGACGAGGAAUCAACUGCAUCCGAAACCGAAGAUGAAGAUGCUACAGACAUUGCAAAGGCGCCCGGGCCCGUCGUUCAAACUGGCCCAAGUAGUACGGAUAAACCUGCGGGAGCGUCUUCCCGCAAAGGGAAGCUCGGCGUACUUGGUGGUAAGAAGACACCGACAAGUGCAAAUGGCAGCGCAUCCUCGACUCCUCCGCCCGCUACGGUCUCUGUCCCAGGUGGGGUUCGCAGUAUAAGCGGUGGGAACAGAACUGCGGAAUCUUCGCUCGAUGAUUUUGGGGCGGAGAGAGCGAGUAUUGAUGAACGUUCACAGUUGCUGGACACAAGUUCGAAUAACACGACUUCAGAAAGAAGGUCUACAUCGACAGGCGACCCCAGCGUGACCGUAGAAUCGGAGCAGGAGCGAGCGAACAGGAAGCGCGAAGAGCUCAAGCGCACGCUAGAGAAAUCACAGGGACCAAAGAAGAAGAGAAAGUUCUAG